ACUUCUUGCAUAUAUCUGCAUCGAUCACUCACUACUUGAGCAAGAAAAAACACCACUUCAACAGAACAAUGGCUUCCAAGAAUAGUGUUGCUCUUUUCCUUUGCCUUAACCUCAUCUUGUUUUCCAUGGUUUCUGGGUGUGGUACUUGCCCUAAACCUAAACCUAAGCCAAAACCAAAGCCUUCAUGUCCUCCUCCUCCUUCUUCAGAAACAGCUAUAUGCCCCAUUGAUACCCUUAAGCUUGGAGUGUGUGCUGAUGUUCUUGGAUUGGUGAAUGCUGUUAUUGGGUCACCCCCAGUCGCUCCUUGUUGCAGCCUUCUCUCUGGUCUUGCUAAUGUUGAAGCUGCUCUUUGCCUUUGCUCUGCUAUUAAGGCUAACAUUUUGGGCAUUAACCUUAAUGUUCCUAUUUCACUUAGUUUGCUUCUUAAUGUUUGUUCUAAAGAGGCUCCUUCUGGCUUCCAGUGCUCUUAAUUACUUUCCCUUGAUUAUUAAUCAAGAUUGUUAAACUCUAUCUUAAUUACGUUUUAAUUCCUUAUAUUUUCUUCCAAGUUUUUUUUAUCCUGUUAUUUUGGGGUUGUGGAGAUACUUUGAUCAGAUGGAGUUUGAAGAUAUAUAUUGUACCUGUGUAUUGGUAAAAUGGUAAGCCUUUCACUUGCCAUUUUCAAGUUCAUUUCCUACAUUCUCAUUGUUACCAAGUGUGCUUUGGGUUGAGACUUUGCUUUACGUUUUUUUUUUUUUUAAUUCCCCACCUUUUCUAUUAUGUAUUGUUGACUUUGUAGAAGUUAUUAUUUUAA